AUGGCAGUUGAAAAUUGGAAAGUACUCGUUCAGAAGAAGCAGGCUGAAGUUUCAGCCCAAAUUCCCUCGCCCUGGCGUCUGGCAGCUGAUUAUACCGACAUAUCGGAAACUGCGAGCAACAACGUGAUUGAUAUUCCCCGCCGUUGCGGGAUCUUAACCCCUAAACAGUUGGAUAUAACCGAGAAUUACGAUGCGACAUCCCUUUUGGAGAAGAUUCAUCGACAAGACCUGUCGGCCUAUGAGGUGACCGCGGCUUUUUGUAUUCGAGCAGCGAUCGCACAGCAAGUGACACGAUGCUUGACCGAGAUUUUUUUCGAUCAGGCCCUCGAGCGUGCAAAGGAGUUGGAUGAGCAUCUUCGUCAGACAGGCCAGCCGGAUUGCUUCAACGUCAAAGGUGUCUGCUCUACUAUCGGAUUCACCUCCUUCAUCAAGAAUGGCCCUGUUGAAUCCAACUCGCCUGCCGUCGAGAUCAUCGUCAGGCUUGGCGGCAUUCCUUACGUGAAGACCAAUAUUCCGCAGACCAUGAUGGCCGCUGACUCGCACAACUAUGUGUUCGGCCGCGCACUCAAUCCACAUCGAUCAAACCUCAAUGCGGGCGGAUCGUCAGGCGGAGAGGGAGCGCUGAUUGCUAUGCGAGGCUCGGUACUCGGCAUUGGAACAGACAUUGCUGGAUCAAUUCGAAUUCCAGCUAUCUGCAAUGGCACCUUCGCGCUACGUCCAUCUGCAGAUCGAAUUCCGUAUGGUGGCCAGACCAGCUCUUCUCGAAAAGGUCUGCUGGGAAUCAGGGCAUGUGCUGGUCCUUUGGCUACCUCCGUUCGUGACUUAGAACUGCUCAUGAAGUCCGUGACUAACUAUGACCCUUGGAACUUUGAUUCGACGGCCAUAUUUUCCCCGUGGCGCGAAAAGACCCGCAUUUCCUCUCUUCACCCCCCUGUUUUGCGAACACUCAAAGAAGCUAGCGAAAAGCUUGGCCUGGCAGGGCAUGAGAUAAUUCCGUUGCAAACUCCAUCCAUCAAGGAUGCCUGCGCGCUGGCAUUCCGCAUGUUUGCAAUGGACCCAUCUGGAACUGCAUUUCAGCACAUUGCUGCCAGCGGCGAGCCGACUAUACCUGCAUUGAAAUCGACUUCGCUACCCCAUGAGUACAUGCAGUAUGAAUAUGCCCCAUUAUCACUGGAUGGUCUAUAUGAUUUGAAUCAGCAACGCAAUCAACUCAAAGAAGAGUUCCGGGAGAUCAUGGUGAAGUCGAAAGUGGAUGCAAUUAUUAUGCCUGGACGUGAGUCUUACCCGGCGGCGAUUGUUCCUCAUGGGAAAGCAAACAAACUUGCAGAUGCGUCCUUCGUGCGAGACGUAGAGUACAAGCCACGAUACGAAUCAGAUGCCGUGGAAGGCGCUCCCUGCUGUAUACAAGUUGUUGGUAGACCCAUGCACGAAGAAGAGCUUGUCAAAGCCACGGAAGUUGUGUCUACGAUUCUUGCGGGACAGUCUGUCUAG